ACGAAACCUCCCCACCCUGUUAACGACGUUUGACUGAAAACUAAUGUACAGAGUGCCCUUCCCUUCCAGCAUAAAUAGAAUCCCCUCACCCGGCCGCUAAUUCCUCUGCAAGCGGUAGCCUCCCAGCAAAGAGUAGACACACACAAAAAUGAGAGUUGUUGUGGGAACUCAUGUUGAGCAGCACUCAACCCUUAUUCCUUUCUCCCAAAUCCGCGCUAAACGGCCAGCCCACUUUAUUGUCACCAAAAAUAGUCCUGUUCACUGCCUGAACGACCGCGGUGCCGCUCUUGCUCGCCUGUAUCCGGUCACCAUCCGCAGCGAUGUGGCCAUUCAGCAGCGGCGGUCGGGAAACUAUGGGCCGGGGCAGUGGGGCAUCGAUACCCCUCAUCACCUGCUACACCAAACCAAACACGACAACGCAACAGCUGCCAACCGUACCUCUGCAUCAUAUUCGGGGUAUAGUACUAGACCGCGAAUCGAAGAGCUGAAAAUGUACGUGAAGGGUCUGCUGGAGAUGAAGCGCGUAGAGGGUAACGACGAGACCAAAAUGUUAGAGCUGAUUGAUGCGUUGCAGCGGCUGGGGUUGGGUUACCAUUUCGAGAGAGAGAUUCAGGCUGCUCUGGAGGCCAUUGCUGCUUCUUCUUCCUCCCGCAUUUGGGCUGAGAGCCUACAUGCUUGCGCCCUCCGUUUUCGUCUCCUCAGGCAGGCUGGAAUCCCCAUCUCUCCAGAUAUCUUCAAGGGAUUCAAAGACGACGACGAUGGCGGAUUCAAGGCAGAGAUAGUGAGAGAUGUCAAAGGGUUGUUGGAACUGUAUGAAGCUUCAUAUCUGGCGGUAACAGGGGAGGACAUUAUGGAAGAGGCCAGGGCUUUUGCUCUUAAGCAUCUGACGGAGAUUGUCAAUACUAAUAAGGACGAUGCUAACAAGGUUGAUGAGUACUCGAGUCUAGUAAUGAAGCAAGUGAAGCAUAGUUUGGAGCUGCCCUUGCGAUGGAGAAUGCAGAGAGCCGAGACUAGCUGGUUCAUCCAGCUUUGCCAAGAUAGGCAGCUGGAACCCGACAUCUCACCCCUGCUUGAGCUCGCCACGUUGGAUUUCAACUUUGUCCAACGCGUGCACCAAAAUGAACUGGAGGAGCUGACAAGGUUCCUACUCAUCAUCUUUCAGCCCAUAUUUAUUAUUGUGACGACCACCUUUUUGGCUUCCUGUCUCGUAAACCAACUAGUUACAAUAAUUCGAAUUGUUAAGAAAUGUACAUAUAUGAUAUUUAAGCAGUUCCUUGCAUACAGGAUUGAGUUUUUUUUCUUUUGACAUUUAUGCAGUUGGUGGAAAAACUUGGGACUUACUGAAAACCUGGAGUUCGCUAGAGAUCCUUUGUUGGAGAGCUUCCUAUGGGCUAUCGGGAUCACUUCUCACCCUGAAAUGGGAGAUUGUAGAAAGGCCAUGGCCAAGGUUGCAGUUAUGGUUCACAUCAUUGACGACGUCUACGAUGUAUAUGGCUACCUCGAUGAACUUGAGCUUUUCACAACCGCCAUUGAGAGGUGGGACAUCAAUGAGCUGGAUAAGCUUCCUCGUUAUCUGCAGCUAUGUUUCCUGGCCGUCUACAAUACUGGAAACGAGAUGUCUUAUGCCAACCUCAAGCAACAAGGAUUCAACAGCAUGCCUUAUAUACAAAAAGCGUGGGCGGAUCUCUGUGGUUCAUACUUGGAAGAAGCCAGAGCAUAUCAUUCUGGGAGCAUUCAGAAUUUAGAGCAAUAUUUGACAAUUGCCUCCAAAUCAGUAGCCAGCAGCACUGUUCUUGUUCACGGCUACCUUUUUUCCCCAACUGAAAUCCUUCAAAAUGAUGCUUUGGAUCUCUUUAAGGAAGUCGAUCCCAACCUCACACGUUUGACUUCAAUCAUUGUUCGUUUAACCAAUGAUCUCGCGAGCUCAAAGGAGGAGUUGGAAAGAGGAGAUGUAGUGAAAGCAGUUGAAUGUUGCAUGAGAGAGAGCAGAUUAUCGGAAGAAGCUGCUCGUGAGCAUAUAAACUGGAUGAUUGGCGAAAUGUGGAAAAUGGUGAAUGAAAAUAUCUUGUCUUCUCAGGGUUGCUUGAAUACUAGUAGGAGUAACCCAAUGCUUCCUCCCACGUACGUGAAUCUAGCAGUGAAUGUUGCUCGAGCUAGUCAUUACAUGUAUAAGCACCAGAACUCGAAAGCAUCAUCAGUUGUGAAAGAUAAAAGCAGAGCAAUGACUUUGCUUUUUGACGCAUUUUAGUCGUGUAAUAUUAUGUUGUAGUUAAAGGACAAGAAACGAUAAUAAUGAGUUAUAGGUAUAUUUCACUUUUUAAUAAUUACUAUGAAUUUUUUCUCAAAGGUGUCAUUUUAUAAAUUUUCACAUCAAAUAUGCCUUUUUAAUACAAUUAUAUUAUCAAAUAUGCCGAUAUAUAUCUAGUGAGAGCUUUGUGCAAUCAAUCACUUAGCUUGAACCUAAACUGCAAUCAAUCACUUCAACAAUACAUGUUGAU